AGAGGGGUUCCUGAUCAAAGCGCAUCAGGGCCGCUCAGUCUCCACUGGAGGGCGAUUGGUACAAGAGCACCGGGACACUCCGACAGCAACACACAGAGAGACACACAGCAGAGAGUCGGAGGGAGACGGGACGCAAGACAGACAGCCUACACAGAAAGAAAAACACGGACCCUGACUCCUGCAGAGCAUCUUUUCUCUCCGCCGUCGGAUUAAACCCGUCCCGAGCCGUCCCGAGCCGUGCCCCCCCCCCACCACCACCCCCAAACACCGGAAUCACGCAAAGACAUGAGCUUCUCCCGCUGAGCCUCAUUGAUGCUGAACUGAGUGGUCCAGUGCUGUCCUCCAGUGUGUCCCCUCCCCUUAGUUUUCCGUCCCUCUGUCUGUUACCUGGUUUGUGAGCAGCCAUGACUAAGUCCUACGAGUUCAACUGGCAGAAGCACCUGCCUGAAUUCAUGCAGGAAGGCGCCUCCUUCGACAGGUUUGAUGAGGACCCGUUCAUGUUUGAGCCCAACUGUCAGAUGAGAGUAGACGAGUUUGGCUUCUUCAUCACCUGGAAGAGUGAGGGGAAGGAAGGCCAGGUUCUCGAGUGUUCCCUCAUCAACAGCAUUCGAGUUGGUGCUGUCCCAAAGGACCCCAAGAUCUUGUCGUCAUUUGAGACCAUUGGAAAAACCGAGGCAGACUUGGAGGGCUGCAUCAUCUGCAUCUGCAGCGGCACAGACCUGGUCAACCUCAGCUUCAUGUUCAUGGUCGCAGAGAAUCCAGACACAGCAAGGAAAUGGAUAGAGGGUCUGAGGUCAGUGAUACACAACUUCAAGGCCAACAACGUCUGUCCAAUGACCUGCCUGAAGAAACAUUGGAUGAGAAUGUGCUUCCUGACUAAUGUGAAUGGCAAGAUUCCUGUAAGAGGCAUUACUCGAACAUUUGCAUCAGGAAAGACAGAGAAGGGGAUUUUUCAGGCUCUGAAGGAUCUUGGCCUCCCGAGUGGAAAGAAUGAUGAGAUCGAACCAGAAGAUUUCCCCUUUGACAUGUUCUACAUGCUCACACAAAAGAUCUGCCCUCGUACAGACAUGGAGGAACUCUUCAAGAAGAUCAAUGGGAACAAAACUGAUUAUUUAACUGUAGACCAGUUAGUCAGCUUUCUGAAUGAAAACCAGCGUGACCCCCGGUUAAAUGAGAUCCUGUUCCCAUUCUACGACCCCAAGAGGGUGAUGCAGAUCAUUGAGAAAUACGAGAGAGAUGAAGAGCUCAAGAAGAAAGGCUGCAUGUCCAGUGACGGUUUCUGCAGAUACCUGAUGUCAGAUGAAAAUGCUCCAGUUUUCUUGGACCGUUUGGAGCUGUACCAAGAAAUGGACCAGCCGCUUGCCCACUACUUCAUCAGUUCCUCCCACAACACGUACCUGACAGGGCGACAAUUUGGAGGAAAGUCCUCAGUGGAGAUGUAUCGCCAGGUUCUGCUAUCUGGAUCCAGAUGUGUGGAGUUGGACUGCUGGGAUGGAAAAGGAGAGGACCAGGAGCCCAUCAUCACUCACGGCAAGGCCAUGUGCACAGACAUCCUGUUCAAGGAUGUUAUUCAAGCUAUCAAGGAGACCGCAUUUGUCACUUCAGAUUACCCUGUUAUUUUGUCUUUUGAAAACCAUUGCAGUAAACCACAGCAGUACAAGAUGGCCAAGUAUUGUGAGGAGAUCUUUGGGGAUCUCCUCCUCAAACAGCCUCUGGAAAACUUCCCGAUUGAGCCUGGGCGCCCUUUACCCUCUCCAAAUGACCUCAAACGUAAAAUCCUCAUCAAAAACAAACGCUUAAAACCUGAGGUUGAACAGAAACAGCUGGAGGCUUUUAAGAAACACAUGGAGGCAGGAGAGACCAACACUACAGCCAUCAUCAUGGGAGAGGAGAUUCAAGAGGACACAGAGAAUGGAGAAAAGGAGGCUGAGGAUAAGGAUCUGAAUUCAGAGGCUCCCAGCAUCCAAUCAGAGGCACCCAGUGAGAAAGAGGCCAACAGCGUUUCUCAAAGUAACGCUGUCAGCACCGGGAAAGAAGAACGCACCAACAGUAUCAAGAAGGUGCCAGAUGAUGAUGUGACAGAGAUAUCAGAAGCCACAGAAGCAACAGAUGCCACAGAUAUCUCAGAAGCAUCUGACAAAGAAAAUAACAAAAAGGGUGGGGAAGGGGGAGAAGAGGAGAACGUUGAGGAGGCUCUGAUAGCUCAGUACACGUAUGUUGGAGCCACCACAAACAUCCACCCAUAUCUGUCAGCCAUGGUCAACUACGCACAACCCAUCAAGUUUCAGAGCUUCGACAUGGCAGAGGAAAAGAACAUCCACCAUAACAUGUCAUCUUUUAACGAGUCUGUUGGUCUGGGAUACCUGAAGACCAAUGCCAUAGAGUUUGUCAACUACAACAAGCGUCAGAUGAGCCGGAUCUACCCCAAAGGAGGCCGGGUGGACUCCAGUAAUUACAUGCCUCAGAUAUUCUGGAACGCAGGCUGCCAGAUGGUCUCACUCAACUUCCAGACCCCAGAUCUGUCCAUGCAGCUGAAUCAGGGAAAGUUUGAGUACAACGGCUCCUGCGGGUACCUGCUGAAGCCAGAUUUCAUGCGGCGGUCAGACAGGAUGUUUGACCCUUUCUCAGAGACACCGGUGGAUGGUGUUAUUGCUGCAACCUGCAGCGUACAGGUGUUUUCUGGACAGUUCUUGUCAGAUAAGAAAAUCGGUACAUACGUUGAGGUCGACAUGUACGGGCUGCCGACGGACACCAUCAGGAAGGAGUUCCGUACACGCAUGGUGAUGAACAACGGCCUGAACCCAGCAUACAACGAGGAACCCUUCGUCUUCAGAAAGGUGAUAUUACCAGACCUGGCAGUACUGCGUAUCGCAGUUUACGAUGACAACAACAAGCUGAUUGGCCAGCGCAUCCUGCCUCUGGACGGCCUGCAGGCUGGCUACCGUCACAUCUCGCUGAGGAACGAGGGUAACAAACCUCUGUCGUUGCCCACCGUCUUCUGCCAAAUCAUCCUCAAGACCUACGUGCCAGACGGAUUUGGAGCAUUUGUGGAUGCACUAUCAGACCCAAAGAAGUUCUUGACCAUAGCAGAAAAGAGAGCAGACCAGAUGAAGGCGCUGGGGAUCGACACGAACGACAUUGCAGAUGUUCCCAGUGGAAGCUCUAAGAACGACAAGAAGGGAAAGGGUAAAGGAGACACUGUGAAGACCAGUGUGACACCGCAAGCCAGCUCAGAUACGGCUCAGACUUCUAACUCUUCCCAAAAUAACACAGCAGAAUCCAAGAAGGAUAAUGCACUUGUGCCUAAUGUCAGCAUUGAUGACUUAAAACAAAUGAAGACGUACCUUAAACUGAUUAAAAAGCAACAGAAGGAGCUGAACUCUUUAAAGAAGAAACACUCAAAGGAUCAAAAUACAAUGCAGAAAUCUCACUGCACACAGGUGGACAAGAUGGUGUCUGCACAUGAUAAGGAAAAGUCAACACUGGAGAAACUACUAGAGAAAGCCAUUAAGAAACGAGGAGAAAACAACUGCCAAGAGCUGAAGAAGGAGACUGAGGAUAAAAUCCAAACGCUGGUCACUGAUCACAAAGUCAAGGUAAAGGACAUCACAGCACAGCACACAAAAGAGUGGUCAGAGCUGAUCAGUAGUCACAGCAGUGAGGAGCAGGAGAUGAAGGACAGCCACGUCACACAGCAGUGUGAACACCUCAAGAAACUUCUGGCAACUGUCCAGGAGCAGCAGACGAUGCAGCUGAAACUUAUCCAUGAACGGCAGAGCAAAGAGAUGAGAGCCAACCAGGCCAAGAUGUCCAUGGAAAACAGUAAAGCCAUCAGCCAGGACAAGAGCAUCAAAAACAAGGCAGAGAGAGAGAGGAGAGUGCGAGAGUUAAACAGCAGCAACACCAAGAAGUUCCUGGAUGAGAGGAAGAGGCUGGCCAUGAAGCAUCAGAAGGAGAUGGAGCAGCUAGAGAAGAACCAGAAAGACCAGGUGGAGAAGCUGGAGAAGUUCAACGAGCAGCUUUUGAAAUCACACCAUGCAAACAAACAGGUUCAAGGCCAAGGACAUGCAGCAGAUGGCGAAGUUGGAGGAGGAGAUGGACCGCAGACCUGCCACGGUGGUGUGAGCCCCUGAGAUCGAGACACGCACACAAACACACCCACACACUCGCACACACGCUCACUCAUCUACAUACACAGGUGCAGGUGCAGAAACACUCAACCGCAGAAAGCCCUCCACAACCCAGAGAUGUUCCAGCCUCUCGACGUCAUUGUGUCUGUACUUUGUUUUUAUAUUCAAACACAAACUCGCAGUAGCCCACCUCACCACUCAGUUUCUGCACCGACCCCUCCCACUACCUUGAUACCACUGAGCCACUGGCGCUUAUCACUGUCUGACAGGGUUUAACCACUUAUUGAAAGAGGGAGUGUUACCUCGGAGACGAAGCAUCGUAGAGUGAGACGCAUCCCCUCCUCCACUGUAUGUACAACUGAAUUUUCUAUCACCUUUAAUGUUCUCUACUUCUUACAGGCAACAUAAGAUGCAGCUUUUGGUGUAGACAUACACACACAAACACGUUCACUCACAGGGAGUGGAUAGCUUCUCACCUCUUCACUUGUUUCUUUUUCCUUUUUAAAAUCGGUACCUGAACAGUCUCUUCAGAAACAGGGAGAGGGUGGAGGAGUACGUUUAAGAUUAAAUGUCAAUUCAGCACAAACAAGUAACUUUGUGGAGUACACUGUAUGCUACACACCAGUCCUGUCCUGAGCACUUUGUAUGUGAUAGGCCAUCAUAACAAUGUGGAAAAUGUAGCAGUGCACUACUGUAGGAUUUCUGUAUUUCAGUUAGAAUGUAUUUUUAAAAGAAAAUCACUGUAUGGAGGAGUGGCAAAGUGCCCCAUGUCACCGCCUCCUACAAUGAAAGCUGUUUAACUUAACAAAGAUGUAUCACUGACUUGUUUUUGUUGUUCGACAAUUAUUGAGCCCCCUAUGAAAAGGCUUAUUAUCCUGCCAAUUCAGAAGACUAUGAAGGGAUCACGAUAGACUAAAUUUCACUUUGAUUAUCAGCACUUAUUCCUCUGUAAAAACUUUAAGAAUAACAACGUAACACCCCAAAUAUUUUGUGUUGGCUGAGCUGACUUAAAACCUUUUACUUGGUAUGUCGAGGCAUACCAUUUAUUUAUUUUUUAACUUCUAGUGCCAAGUCACCACAAAUUUUAAACUGCAGAUCUCAAUGCUUUAUAAUCCACUUUGGGGCUUAAAAUCAGGUAGACUAUGCAAAGACAAACGUGAUUUGCUCCAAGUUUGAUGUGUACAAAAUACAGAAAACUACACUAAAUUAAUACAUUAACCAAAGGGAAGUCGUGGUCAGAUCCUUACAUCAUCACUUUUGCCUUUGAUGUGGUUAUUUAAUUGUUGCAUCCCUACAAAUAAGUAAUAAUAACCCUUUUUAAAAAGAUGUUGAUAAUACAAAGGGAACAUGUUACACUAUGUAAAAAGGUCAAAUGGGAUUAGAGUGGGUCCUUGUAUUGAGGAGUUUUGCACUCGGAUCGCUUGUCAGAGUUGUGCCCAAACUGUAAUACACUGGUAACAAUAUAAUCGUCUCUUGGCAGCACAUCAUUCAUUUUGCUUUAUUCAUUUCUGUAAUUGAGUAAACAAGAACUUGGCAGAAGUCAAAGCCGCUCAAUCAUUUAUUAAAGACGUUGAGUUAAAGUGCUCCCUUAAUAGCCUCUUGACUGCGUGUUUGCAACCUGAGCUUGUAAUCCUCAUCACACUCCUGCUGGCCUUUGGUCCGAGGAGAUCACACUGAAGAACUACACCAGAUUUGUAACAAGGCCCGUGCCACGCCUGCCACACAUUGUACAUAGGGCUGAUAUCCCUCUGUGUCCCUGAGGUUCUAUGUCAAUUAGGGCUGAACCAGCCUUCCAAUUUUGUCAGUGGGAUCAGAUUAGACUGUUAAAUACAAACCUUCAAUGAUCAGUCCAAUAAAUCUCAAGUUUAAUCAGACACGCCUGCAGUGGACAGGACAUUCAGCAUGUCAGGCUCACUACUUUCUCACUGUUUUAAGCCAUUUCAUGCAAGGAACCGUUCAGUGUUUCCCUUAUUGAUAUUUGUGCUGGAACUUAAACCUGUGGGAAUAAAUGGGCUCAAAGUAAUAACCUUGUCAGCAAAUACUGCAGGUUCAUUUGUUAUUUGGUUUACAAAGUUACUGCUUGUCAUGCUGCUGUCCUGGAUUGCUCUGUUUAUAAUGACAGCUUAAAAAAAACCUUCCAAAUCCAGGAAUUCCACUGACAAAAUGAGGGUCGAUUGGAUUACAAUCUUAAGUCUUAUUGACAGAGGAUUCACAAAGUUGAUUUUCAGGGGGGUAGUUUCACUGUAAAAGUAACUGCUCAUGGGCCUACAAACAUGUAGAAGCACUUUUGUACACAGACUUGCUCAACAAACAGCCACUACAGAAAAGGAAAUAUGAAGAACUACUUUGAAGUAUUGCGGGGUACUGAAGUAUUUGUGCACAAAUGAUCAUGCCAGGUGUUCACAUUACAUGGCAACAAAGAUCUACCCAAAUGACUAAAAUGAUCAUUUAAUAUGAAAACACAAAACACGAGAGGAUAAAAGCACCUCUAGGUGUCUUUGGCCUUUUCAAACCUUUUUGUUUUCGUUUUAUUCUGCUGUAACACACACAAAGGGUAGAUGGGACGUUAUUGUAUAUACUGGAAUGUAUGUAGUUGAAUUUACUCUUUUGACCAAUUGUGUUCCGUCAUACAAGGGCUCAGGGGAUGGAGUGGGUCUGUUGGAUGUUGGGGAAAAACAUUUAUCAACCACUGGGUUUUUUUUCUGGUUUGUUCUUUUGUUUGUGUUUUUCCGGUCUGCCCUUAAUGCACCACACAACACAGUAUGAAGCUCUCACCACAUAUCUAGUGCAGAGAUAAAAAGGUAAAAGUGCUUUUAAACUUUAUUUCAUCGCUUUCAAAUGUGCCACUCAGUGUCUGUUAGGAAGUUACAGUUAUUUUAUGAAUGAUAAAAUGCCAAAUUAAGGGGUUAUUUAUAUGAAGAUAUAUAUAUAAAUAAAUGAAUAUAUAUAUUAUAUAUAUUAGAUAUGUGUAGUUUAAUAUUAUUAUGUUUGUUAGAGGCUUUUUUGCACUAGUUGAAUGUUUCUGUUGUGUGAUACAUGUAACCUGCUCUCUAGUUUGUCACAAAGCAGAUUAUUUUUGCAGAGCAACUUCACUGAUUUGAUUUCCUGGUUUCUACUGUAUCUCCUCUUUGUUUUCUAUUUGAACUGUAGCUUGUCAUCAAACCAUUCUGUGCGUGUUUUUUGUAUUUAUAUUGUAUUGUUGAACUUCAAGCAAUGAAAAUACUGUUGUUAUCCAGCUCCUUUAAUACUGUUUUAUAGUAUAUGUACCAAUAAAACAAGGUGUAAAAUGGGACAUAA